UACAACAGUCGCAGCUCACAUCAUUUGCGCCGGUUGUACUUGUACUAGCUUGAUCAUCAUAGCAAUGGCCUCCACCAACAGUUGGACCCACGAGAUCGAGUCGCCGGUCGCUGCACCGCGCCUUUUCCGUGCCGGUGUCAUGGACUGGCACACCCUGGCCCCCAAGCUUGCGCCACAGAUCGUCGCCAGUGCCCACCCCGUUGAGGGAGAAGGCGGCAUCGGCAGUGUCAGGCAGUUCAACUUCACCUCAGCCAUGCCCUUCAACCUCAUGAAGGAGAGGCUCGAGUUCAUUGACGCGGAGAAGUGCGAGUGCAAGUCGGCCCUCAUCGAGGGCGGUGGCAUCGGCACAGCGAUCGAGACGGCCACGUCGCACAUUAAGGUGGAGCUGGCAGCAAACGGCGGGAGCGUGGUGAAGGUGGAAUCGACAUACAAGCUGCUGCCAGGCGUGGAGGUGAAGGAUGAGAUCACCAAGGCCAAGGACUCUGUCACGGCCAUCUUCAAGGCCGCUGAGGCCUACCUUAUCGCCAACCCGGAUUCCUACAACUAAAUCAGUUGAGAGGAAUCAUACAUGAUUAUGCUGUCCCUAGUUUGAUUUUUGUGUGCUUUCUUCCCGUCUAAUAAAGCUGCUACAACGGUCCAGCCUCCAAGUACUGACGCGAGAGCAGUGAACAUAGUAUGGACUUGAGAAGUUUAAAAGUUGUGUAUUUGUAACUAUCAAAGUUUGCUGUUUGUUUGAUGAUGUUGCUGCUUUUUUUUGGUAUAUUCCUCAUGAUUUUGUACUGGAAUAAAGGAAGUAUUGAAACACAUAAAGAACUUGUAUAUAUAUUUCGAAUUGGAAGUUUA